UUGUGUGGAAAAGUGUCGGUGAAAGAGAGAAAGAAAACACAGAGGGAAAGUGCAAAAAGAACAGAAAAAAGAAUCCGAUGAGAAUGUCAGAAUUGGAGAGACGGCAUAUUAGAACAUUACGAUUUGGAGUAAACGCAGUGCAGACACGGAAAGAGCUGCUUCGUGUUUAAAUUUUUAGUGUCAGGAGAGUUCUAGUGAGAGCAAGAGAACACAAGGUUCUGUGGACGUGAAAUUGACCAAAAGAAAAAAGAAAAAUAGUUGUGAAUAAAAUGUACUUAAUCCCCAACUAAAUAAGUGAAAAUUUCAAUCGUUUUAACCCAAAACCAGUUCCCUAAGUGUGAGAUUUUCCAGCUGCGUCGGGAUUUGUGAAGAAAACUCUCCGGAUUAUAUACAAGUUUUCGAAAUAGUUGACUCUACGUACUGUUUCUGACCAUUUUUGCGAGUAGUUACCCAGUGUAAAGGGGUGGAAAAGACUUUUUCAUUGAACCAAACCCCAAUACACAAACACGUAUUCUCUAGUUUAUAGUUACUCAGGCUAAAGAGGAAAAGUUGUACAGGGAAAACAGCCUGACUUUCGCCCUCGAGAGAGUUAGAGAAUGAAAAUAAACUUGACAAUACGGACUAAUAAUGAGGGUAUAUCACAAUAUAGUACGCUAGUGGUAAAAUACUAGAGAAUCUUGAACAAAGUUACAUAAUUAAACAAUACGUUGGAGGAGUGACUAUCCCUAUUGAUCCUAAGUCUUGUGUUUUUCCUUCCCAUCUGAGCAAGAACAACAAAAAAAAACUUUCACUGCUUUUCACCGUAGAUUUUAUUCCCUUGAGUGACUAUGUGUAGGGGAUAAAGGAUAUAAAAAGAGAAUCCUACAAGAGAUAUUGAUACACGGAAAAGAGAAACGUGAAAAAAAUCGUGUUUGUGGUUUUCUCCAAGAGAGAGAGGAUUUUCCACCAGUGAUCCCUUCCGGCUUCCAACUUACGGUUGACAGAAAACAAAGACCAAAGUGUAGUGAUUCAACCAAGUAACAAAAUUCAGAAAAAGAAUCCUUAAUUAACGUGUAAAUUUUCCUCGUGUGAAAAUUCUCCAGAGAAAUUCAAGGGAAAGUAGUGAAAAAUUCAAAAGGAAAAGAUUGUAUAGUGGUUGAAAGAAAACUCUUUCCCAAAAAAGAGUUGUGUUGUGUGGGAAAAGUCUGUUGCUUCAUCUUUGUUAGUCACCCUACACCUUCUCCUCCUUCUCGACCAUAUCUACCGCCAAGUUUUCUUCUCGUGAGUGCUGUGAAGUUUUAAUGAGGGUAAGAAACUGAAGGAAUAAGGAAUAUUGCAACACCCAGAAUCCUAAGUCAUAUUAGAUGAUUGUCCAGCGGGUGGAUGAUCACUUGGUGAGAUAGAGGUUCAAGGGAGAAAGAGAUGGUUCUGAGCACCGAGUGGUCCCAAGUGGAGGUCAUCGAUCUGAUCAACGACGGCAACGGACUGGGCUUUAUGCUAGUGGGUGGACGAAGUACAGGUGUCGUGAUAAAGGCUCUCAUCCCAGGUGGUGUGGCUGAACGCGACGGACGCCUUCAGUGUGGUGAUCACGUCUUGCAAAUUGGCGAAGUUAAUCUACGCGGAUUCAGUUCAGAGCAAGUGGCCACGGUGCUACGACAAACUGGCGCUCAAGUUCGUCUCAUUGUGGCACGCCCAGUGGAGCCAACGUCCCCCGACUAUCAGUCCCUGGCCACGCACGCUCCCAUCAUUCCCACAAAACUCCUGUCUGACCCUGAAGAGCUCGAACGUCAGCUCCUCCAGACAGCCGGUUAUACCCAGGCGGCUCUCCUCGCCGCCGCCGCCGCAUCCCCCACAGCCGCCGCCCUUGUGGAGGGUCUCGAGGCGACAGUGGAGGUGUUUGCCGUGCCAGACAUGGCGGGUGGCGGUGGUGAGGGUGUCAGGAAGAACAGCUGCGUGUCACCGUCGACCGCCACAGUGCCACCGCUGCAUCUUCCCUCCCCGCCACCGCUGCCCGAUUCCUCACCCCCGCCCCUCAUCAGUGACUACCUGGACCUGCCCGAGACGGAAACCUACCAAGUGGAAUUGCGAAAAAAUGUAUACGGUCUCGGGAUAACGGUGGCGGGCUACGUGUGCCAAGAGGAGGAUCUCUCAGGGAUCUUCGUGAAGAGUAUCAUUGAGGGAAGUGCUGCCGAAAUGAGUGGUAAGAUCCAAAUUAAUGAUCGCAUCGUGGCUGUCGAUGGCAAGUCACUCAGUGGAGUCACAAAUCAUCAGGCUGUUGAAAUUCUCCGUAAUACCGAUAUCGCUGUCAAUUUAACACUAGAGCGCUUCCUGCGUGGCCGAAAAUACGAACAUCUCCAACUGGCACUCACUGAACCCCAACUACCACCACCACCACCCACCCAUCCGCCCCCCUCAAAUACCACCUCACCAUCAAUCACCCUUCUACCAUGGAUGCCACCGACGGAUGGCGAUGCCGGUGAUGAUGUCGACAGUAUCAUCAGCAUCGACCGCGAUCCCAAUGUCAUUGAACCAGAAAUGGAGUCCAACACCACCGUGGACUCCAAUGUGUUCGCCGUGGAAAAUGGUGAGGCAUCGGAAGAGGAAUCCGAGGCAACACCCACCCCAACUCCCAGCUGUGACUCAGCCAAAGCUCACUGGAGUAAAGAAAUGCCCGACCUCAAAAUUGUCGUUGCACAUAUCAAUAAACUCUCGGGGCUGGGUAUCAGCCUCGAAGGAACUGUUGAGGUUGAGGGUGGCGUUGAGAUGCGCCCCCAUCACUACAUUCGGUCAAUUCUGGAAGAGGGACCAGUUGGUCGAGAAGGCACCCUUAAGCCCGGCGAUGAACUCCUGCAAGUCAAUGAACACCGGCUUCAGGGCCUCAAGCACACUGAUGUUGUCAAAGUUCUCAAGGAACUCCCCAUGACUGUGAAACUGGUCUGUGCCCGAAGUCACAAGCCACCAUCUGUGAUCAACACCUCCCAGAGCCCUGAGGCCUUUGAGGCACGCAGUAUCCUUGCCGGUGGACUGCAGAGUCUCCAGAAUCUUCUCACCAAAGCCCAAUCAGAGAGUUCUCUCUACACCUCCAGUACAGCCACACUGACUGACCAACAGCGCUCAAAGAGCGUCGAACAGGUGUCCGGACUGGCACUAUGGAGCACCGAAGUGAUUUACAUAGACAUUGAGAAGACAGAACGUGGCUUUGGGUUCUCCAUUCUCGACUACCAGGAUCCCCUAGAUCCCGAGGGAACUGUGAUUGUGGUACGUGGACUGAUACCAGGCGGUUCGGCUGAGACAACAAAUCUCAUCUUUCCCGGCGACCGACUUGUCUCCGUCGCGGACCAUCACUUGCACGGUCGGACACUGGACGAGGCGGUGAGUAUCCUCAAGGGUAUGCCAACAGGCAUUGUCCGCAUUGGACUUUGCCGGCCACUCUCCACCUCCGACAACAAUGUGUCAUCCGCGGCGGAGACACCGACCACAUAGCUAGACAUCAUAGAAAUAUUUUUCGAAUUGGAUAUUUGAGAUUUGUUAAAAUCCCUCAUCAGUAACGCAAUUAAACCCAAGCUAUGGCAAAUUCAUCAGCAAAGGGUACACUUUCAAUAGAAAUUUUACCAAUAUGCCCCUAACAAUACAGAAGGCAUUUUAAAAUCCCUAUUGAAUACCCCCUUUGUAACAAUCAUCACUAAUUACAAAUUUAAUAUUUAAUGAUAAGUUCAUUCACUUUUGCUUCCAAUGAAAUUUCCCACAUAGUGAAACACCUAAGAAUAAAUUAUUGCAAAAUUUAACACAUUCUUCCACUCCUUGCAAUUGGGAGAUGAAGAAUUUAAGACUUGAGGAAAAAGAAAUAUAUAUUAAACACAAAAAAAACCGUCUCGAAGACACCCUCUCUCUAUCAUCUUUGACUUGAAAAAAAAACACACACCAAGCACACACUCCUUUUGAACUUUUCUGCAAAGCGCAGAUGAAGAUAUACAAACAAGAGGGGAAUAUAACUAGGCAAUUUAGCGAAACACGCACUUUGAGAAGAUUUUCGUGAAAUUAUCCUAAGCAUAUCAAUGGUCCCCAUAAAAACGUGCAAAACGGCACAGAUUUCAAGUGUCAACAGUUCAUAUUUGCAUAAAUAGCGACAUCAUUCCCAUCUUUUCAUCAGUAAAAUCUUGUAAAAGAGUUUUCUCCCAAUCCCUUUUUGGCUUUCUGAGCAAUUUACACAGAAAUCGCAUUCCUUAUGGAAGAUUGCAUUGUGUUAUUUACGUUAAAGGAAAGUAUGAGUUUGUUCUAGACUCUAGAGAGUUUAAAGAGGAUGUAACUGAUGUUAACUGAAACCAAUAAAUAAAAUAGCAAAUUGCAGAAUAAAUGAAAUAUACGAUGCAGCACGUGCUUCUUUUUUUAUAUCAAUAGAUUAACAAUUUAUAGCCUUUUCAUACUGCAAAUUCAGGUGGCACCUGCAUAUGGUGGAAGAUUGGUAUUUUUGCCACGUUU